AGCAUGCUGGUUAUUUCAGAAAAGAAGUGAGAGCUACUUUGAAAGGACAAGCUUUUUCUUCAUGCUAAUUUAUAAUGGUUUUGGAGUGGUUGUCCAUUCUUAAACAUAAACUUUUAAAUGUUAGGUCUUUCCUGUAAGGAUUUAUUAUUGGAAGUUUCAAGGCUUUGGACAUUCAAUUAAGGAUUUUGCCCUCUCCUUAUUCCUUUGGUUUGGGCCCAAAUGAUUAUGUUUCCUCUUUUUAGGAAGAUUUCUCUGGGUAUUUUGAUACUUGUUCUGAUAGAAGGAAACCUUCCAUCUUUAACAGCACAAACCUACUUAUCUUUAGAGGAGAUCCAAGAACCCAAGAGUGCAAUUUCCUUUCUUCUGCCUGAAGAAUCAACAGACCCUUCUCUAUCUACUGAAAAGAAACAGCCUCUGGACGACAGAGAAGCUGAGAGACAGUGGUUACUCAGAAGGCGGAGAUCUAUUCUGUUUCCUAAUGGAGUAAAAAUCUGCCCUGAAGAAAGUGUUACAGAGGCUGUGGCAAACCAUGUGAAGUAUUUUAAAGUCCGAGUGUGCCAGGAGGCUGUCUGGGAAGCCUUCAGAACUUUUUGGAAUCGACUUCCUGGGCGUGAGGAGUAUCAUUACUGGAUGAAUUUGUGUGAGGAUGGAACAACCAGUAUAUUUGAGAUUGGCACAAAUUUUAGUCAGUCUGUGGAACAUAGAAGCUUAAUUAUGAAGAAACUGACUGAUGCAGAUGAAACUGUAAGUAGCCCUGAACUAUCAUCUCCAGUUCCUGUUGGUGAUACCUCAACAUUGGGAGGUGCUGCUCUCAGUGUUUCAUACCCAGGGGUGGCCUCCCACGAAGGUGCCUCAGAGAGCAGCUUGGAAAGGCCGGAUGAGAGUAUUAGCAAUGAAAUUGAGAGUGUGAUAGAAGAAACCACAAACCCAGCAACAGAACAGAUUGCAGAAUUCAGCAUCCACCUUUUGGGAAAGCAAUACAGGGAGGAACUACAGGACCCCUCCAGUGUCCACUACCAGCACCUCAUAGAAGAGUUUAUUUCAGAGAUUGAAAAUGCAUUUGCUGGGUUACCAGGCUACAAGGGUAUCCGUGUACUUGAGUUCAGGUCCCCAAAGGAAAAUGACAGCGGCAUCGAUGUUCAUUAUGCUGUUACUUUCAAUGGCCAGGCCAUCAGCAAUACCACCUGGGAUCUCAUUAGCCUUCACUCCAACAAGGUAGAAAACCAUGGCCUUGUGGAAUUGGAUGAUAAGCCCACUGCUGUUUAUACAAUUAGUAACUUCAGAGAUUAUAUUGCUGAGACACUGCACCAGAAUUUUUUGCUGGGGAAUGUCUCCUUGAAUCCAGAUCCUCACUCCCUUCAGCUUAUCAAUGUGAGAGGAGUUUUGCUUCCCCAAGCUGAAGAAGUUUGGAACACUCAAAGUUCAAGUCUUCAGGCAACGCCAUCAUCUAUUCCGGAUAAUACCCUUCAAGCUGCAUGGCCCUCAGCAGAUGAAUCCACCUCCGGCAGUGUCUCACCACUUGAUUUCAGCUCUGGUCCUCCCUCAGCCACUGACAGGGAACUCUGGUCAGAAAGUCCUUUGGGUGAUUUAGUGUCUACACGCGAAUUAGCCCUCCCCUCGGAAAUGGGCCUCGGCUCUUCCCCAGAGGGUUUAGAGGUUAGCAGCUUGACUCUUCCUUCUGUCACCCCGGCAGUGCUUCAGACUGGCGUGCCUGUGGCUCCUGAGGAGAGGACUUCUGGAUCUCACUUCUUAGAAGAUGGAUUAGCCAAUGUUGAAGAGUCAGAAGAUUUUCUUCCUUUUGAUUCAUUGCCUUCAAGUUCAUUCACUCAACCUGUGCCAAAAGAAACAGUCCCAUUCUUGGAAGACUAUGGUGUGUCCUUAACAUCCUCACCAUAUCUGACCUCCUCUGUCCGCUUAGAUCUUGCUAAAGAAAUAACUGUACCUUUUGGCUUGGUCAAAGACCAAUUAGAAGUGAGCCCUUUGCUGCCGGACACAUCCAUGGAGAAAGACUUCAUAUCAGAGAGUGGCUUAGGUUCAGGGUCUGGGCAACAGGCAGAUCUGAUCACUUGGCCCUGGAGUGAGAUUUCAUUAGAGAAGAGCACUGAACCUCUGUCUAAGUUAUGGCCAGAAGAUGAGGAUUCACUUUUGCCAACUGAGGGUGAAGAUGAGAAACUAGUUAUGGUAGACAAAAUGGACUCCACAGACCAAAUUAUUGACCAUUCAAAAUAUGGGCAUGAUGAUAGGUCCACAAACUUUACAGAGGAAGAGCCCCUUGGUGGAACUCAGUCAGCAUCUCUAACUCUCCCCAAGCACACCUCAGAGGUUCCCGACAUUGAUGAUUACUCAGUUACAAAAGGCCCUCUUCUACUGGCAUCUGUGGCAUUCUCUGCUUCUAUUGAUAAGCCUGAUCAAGUAGAUACCUUCCUAAGGGAGGAUAUGGAACAAACUACAGAGUCACCCAACCUAGAAUGGUUUGACAGCAAGGUGAAACCUGAUAUGCAACCUUUGUGGACUGCAUUGCCAGAAUCAGAUAUAGUUUGGGCAAGAACUUCUUCCUUAGGGAAAUUGUCCACAGACACAUUGGCAAGUAUACCCCAAAGUACUGACAGACUCUGGUUGAAAGCUUCCAUGACACAGUCUCCAAAAUUGCCUCCAACCACAAGCUCCACCCUGUUGGAAGAUGAAGUAAUUAUUGGCGUACAGGAUAUUUCAUUAGAACUGGACCGGGUAGGCACAGAUUACUACCAGCCUGAGCUAAUCCAAGAACAAAAUGGCAAGGUUGGUAGUUAUGUGGAAAUGUCUACAAAAGUCCACCCCACAGGGAUGGCUAGUGUGGCUCGGCCAACAAAAGGAGGUGACUUGAGUUAUUCUCAGACUGCAGGAGCUUUGGUGGUUUUCUUCAGCCUCCGAGUGACUAAUAUGUUGUUUUCAGAAGAUCUAUUUAAUAAAAACUCUUUGGAGUACAAAGCCCUGGAGCAAAGAUUCUUAGAACUGCUGGUUCCCUACCUCCAGUCAAAUCUCACAGGGUUCCAGAAUUUGGAAAUCCUCAACUUCAGAAAUGGCAGCAUUGUGGUGAACAGCCGGAUGAAGUUUGUCAAUUCUGUCCCUCCUAAUGUCAACAGUGCUGUAUACAUGAUCCUGGAAGAAUUUUGUACCACUGCCUACCAGACCAUGAACUUGGCUAUUGAUAAAUACUCCCUUGAUGUGGAAUCAGGUGAUGAAGCUAACCCUUGCAAGUUUCAGGCAUGCAAUGAAUUUUCAGAGUGUCUGGUCAACCCCUGGAGUGGAGAAGCAAUGUGCAGAUGCUACCCUGGGUACUUGAGUGUGGAAGAACUGCCCUGUCAGAGUGUCUGUGACCUACAGCCUGACUUCUGCUUGAACGAUGGGAAGUGUGACAUUAUGCCUGGGCAUGGGGCCAUUUGUAGAUGCAGAGUGGGUGAGAACUGGUGGUACCGAGGAGAGCACUGUGAGGAGUUUGUGUCUGAGCCCUUGGUCAUAGGCAUCACCAUAGCCUCGGUGGUUGGACUUCUUCUGCUGUCUUCUGCUGUCAUCUUUUUCCUUGUGAGAACUUUUCAAGCACAGCAUGCCAGGAGAGAAAGAGAGAGGCCCUCCAGGGAGCCUGACAGCCUCUCAUCCAUUGAGAAUGCUUUGAAGUUCAACCCCGUGUAUGAAAGCCACAUGGCCAGAUGUGAGCAGUAUGAGGGACUCUAUCCCCAGUUGCCCUUCUGCAGCUCUGCUGGUGGAGAGAUGAUUGGUGGCCUGAGCAGAGAAGAAAUCAGACAGAUGUAUGAGAGCAGUGAGCUUUCUAGAGAGGAAAUUCAAGAGAGAAUGAGGGUUCUGGAGCUGUAUGCCAAUGACCCUGAGUUUGCAGCUUUUGUGAGAGAACAUCAAAUGGAAGAGCUUUAACCCACUCCUAUUUUGAAAUGGAUUAGAAGCCUGGAGAAGAUGGAGAUUGCUUGAUAUCUACGUUAUAUGAUUAAUCUGGAUUUUGAACACUGUUGGAAGAGGAGUUUUCUCCUUAAAAAAGUUAAAUGUAGGGUACAC